AUGGCAAUAAAUACUGCUGAAGAACACAAACAAAAAGGAAACACUUUUUUUUCCAACGGCGAUUACCAAGAUGCCAUUACUGAAUAUACGAAUGCAAUCAUCAAAGAUUCGUCAAAUCCUGUUUACUACACUAAUCGGUCGCUGUGUUACUAUCGACUUAAUAAGUACGAAGAAACCAAAAACGAUGCCCAACACGCUAUUGAAUUAGACAAAAGUUCUUUAAAGGGCCACUACUAUCUAGGACUUGCCCUUACAAAGAUGGGACGUCUUAAUCAAGCCGAUGUUAAUCUUGCACGUGCUUACGAGCUAUCAUUGGCACAACAUUCAAAGUCUUCGCCUCACAUUUCUGAAGCCAUUUUGCAACUUCGCAAAAUGAAAUGGGAACAAGACGAACGCCAAAGACUACGCGAUGCUCAACCGCUCCUUGCAGAACUUAUCGAUCUCUUAGAGGAAAAGAAAGCUGCCAGUGCGGCCGAAUUUGCUAAGCAGCGCGACGAUGGUUCUCUUUCCCCUGAGGAAUACAAAGAUGAAAUCUCUUUUCUUGACAGCGAUACACAGCGCAAAAUUAAAGAACUUAAAGCAACAUUUGAUCAUGCAGCAAACGUUUCUUCUUCAGAAACUGGUGCUCCACUGAAUCCUAAACCAGUUCCAGAGUACCUUUUAGACCCUAUCUCUUUCAACCUUUUUGUUGAUCCAGUUAUCACUAAAUCCGGUCAGUCAUACGAGCGCAGUUGGAUACUUGAACACUUGCGCUCAUCCAAAACAGAUCCCUUUUCCCGCGAACACCUAACCGAGCAGGAUCUCAUUCCAAAUCUCGCGAUAAAAGCCGCUGCUGAGCAGUAUAUAGAAUCCCAGGGAACGUAUUAA